UUCAGAGAUGUCUCUCUUGCCUGAUUUUGAAUUCAUCACUAUGGGAUUUUGGUCCUUCGGCAUCGGAGCAGCGGUGGUCGGAAUAUUAAUAGCCAACACAGACUAUUUUCUUUCAAAAACAGACAAGGCAACACUAGAAUAUUUAGAGCAGAUAGAGCUGAAAACUAUUGGAGAUGAGCCAAGGACUUUCAAAGCCAAGGAAUUGUGGGAGAAGAAUGGAGCUGUCAUAAUGGCUGUACGUAGGCCGGGAUGUUUUCUCUGCAGAGAGGAGGCCUCAGGAUUGUCUGCUAUUAAACCACAAUUGGACCAACUUGGUGUUCCAUUAUAUGGAGUGGUGAAAGAAAAGAUUGGCACUGAAAUUGAUGACUUUCAACCCUUCUUCAAAGGAGAGCUCUUUCAUGAUGAAAAGAAACUCUUCUACGGUCCUCAGACACGGAAGAUGAUGCUGAUUGCUUUAAUACGUUUGGGCGUGUGGCAGAACUUUCGCAGAGCCUGGAAAGAUGGCUUUCAGGGAAAUUUGGAGGGUGAAGGACUGAUCCUUGGAGGCAUGUUUGUUGUUGGUGCUGGCAAUCAGGGAGUUCUGUAUGAACAUCGUGAGAAGGAAUUUGGAGAUAAGGCGAAUUUGACAGCAAUCCUUGAAGCAGCUAGAAAGAUAAACAAACACAAUGCAGAUGAAGACAAAUAAAUCGCAUGAUCUUGCUCAAUUAUGAUUGUGAAUAAUUUUCCCAUCAAGUUCAAGUUCCCCUGUAUGACACUUCUAUUAGAAUUCAUUCUAAUUCUCAACCACUCAAUUCAUCUACAUUAAACACUUUUGAUAUAUUUUA